AUGCCACAUGGAUCCUCACCGGGACGAGAUAGCUAUCAUUCCAGUCAGAGUGGGCUUCGACAUCGAUCGUUCUCUAUCCCUGUACCACGGUCGUCGCGCUCCGCGCAAGGAUCGGACUCGCACUCGCAGAAUCCGCCUUUGACCCGCGAACGCUUAAAGAAGAAAGAUAAACUGGAUAACCUGUUGCAUCAACGACCGGCCCUAGGUACAAGGCGACGAAGUAUCGCCAAUGGCAACAUUUUUCGACACACUUACAAUGACGGGAAAGAAAUUAUACCCAUGGACGAACCAGGCAACGAGAUCCUUCAACACCCGCUGGAGGGGCCCGCCCAUUCCACUGCAUCGGACAUUGGUACCUCUUCUAUCAGUGUCAGAACGACCUCUCAGUUUAUUCAUCCAUCUGCCGACAACACCCCGAAAUCCGAACCGUGGCCCAGUAGUCACCCCUCUUUUUUGUCACCUCAAUUAUCGGGCAAACAUGGUCUAUCCAUCCAUACCUUGAAUCCAACCCGAACCGAUGAAAAGCGGCCUCCCAUUCGCCGAUUCUCCAAACUAUUAAAAGUAUCGGCCUCCCACAUCACGCAGGCCCAACGUACCAAAACCGCCGAAUUGGCUCCGUCCCUACUCCGAUCGGCCUGGAACCGAACCUUGCAUACGUUGAUGGUAAUGGCCGCUCGCGUCGUCGAUGCUCGAAGCCCUGAACCUGUCGCCACACGCAUGUCCGUCGAUGAAAUCACGGCCUUGGCCCGUUAUCUCCAGGCCAUACAAACACGCGCGAUACUUGCCCACCAAGGCCCCGAUCCGCCGGAUCGACAACCGACUGCGGCCCAUGGAACAUCAUCACCGAUACCCAAAACGCGAAACAUGACAGGCCCGACGGUACAAGACGAUUAUCGACAUCUGAGUAAAGUCCCUUCCCUAUCGAGCAACAGUGAAACCAUGUCCUAUACCGAACGCACGCAUCCACCCCACCAUUCCCAACACCGAUCCGUAAGUAGUUCCUUCAGUCUCGGACCGCCAGUCAAAGAUCAAGGUACCGCCUAUGAUAGUGCCUCGCCACUGCAUUUUUCCUCUUUACCCAACCCGGAAACGCAAUCGGUGUUGUUUCCUUCAGAAGACCGGCACGUGAACAAUAUCAAGUCUUUGUCAGGCGUCCCCUCGCUCUUGUCAGCUUUACAUCGUCUUGCUCACCACAUCCAAACCCUAUUUCGCUGGCCUUCGGAAACGCCCGCUCAAGACCCCAACCAUCAUCGCAUUACGCCACAACUCCAAGGAUGGUCCCUGUUUGCUUUUAAACCUGACAAUCCACUUCGGCUGACGCUGUGGAAACUGUUAGCAUCGAGAUGGUUCAAUCUUUGUAUAUUUAUUCUGCUAGUCGCGCAAUGGCUGAUUUUAGCCACCGUACCUAUCCGUACGAGUGCAGAUAAAGUGGGGUUCUCGCGCGCCAGUCAGUAUGCGUUGCUAGGCAUUCACGUCAUUUACACAUGCGAGGCAGUGGCCAAGAUUAUCGUCUAUGGAUUACUACUCUCGUCUCAUUCAACGUCGCGGCCUACGUUCCGUUCCGUUUUGACUCGUUUUCGUGCGUUCUUUCGUCGGCAAAAGAAGGAUCCAUCGGCCGAGACGGACGAUUCCGAGGGGCACAAUGAUGUACGGGGCGUUCCUAGAGUGAAUCGAUUUUCUACCCAUGCGGAUGGAACGCGGUCGCCGGUGCACUACAGUCCCGAUCGGUUUCGUCGGCAUGAAUCAUUUGAGGAAUUCGACUUGGAAAACUCGCCCAACCACAGCUCAGCCCAUGCAUCGAACCACUAUCGCUCGUUUUCAAAAUCGCCAUCAUGGUCCGUGGGCGACUCAUCUUCGCAACCGUCUGUUUGGUACAGCGGCCCUCCUUCACCCCUCAACGCCAGUCAUCCGUCGGAAUUCAGGAAACCACGACCGUCUUUACCAGCAAUCUCUGCUCAGGAACUGGAUUAUCUAACCAUCUAUCACGGGGCCUAUCUUGGCAGUCUGGCCAAUAUUUUAGAUAUUAUUGCCAUCACGGGAUUCUGGGUAGAUGUUUUUACCAUGUUCACUACGCAUACACCUUGGUCCUUGUUUCAAGCGUUAUCGGCCGCGCGUGUAUUGCGGUUUUUGCCUAUUACCGCCGGUACAGAAGUUAUUAUGCAAUCGCUGCGAUCCAGUGUGGAUAUGCUGUGGAACAUUCUAGGUUUCUUUACGUUCUUCUGGCUCUUGUUCUCGCUGCUGGGACUGUUUGUGUUUAUGAAUGCUUUUUCAAGGCAAUGUGCCCUUAUGCCAGAAGAAGGAUUACAUCAAGGAAUGACAGAUAUUGUGUAUGUGAAACCAGAAAGGUUGUGCAGUGGUUACUUUAAUGCGUCAGGAUAUCGAACCGAUGUGUUUGAUCUGCGGACCGGCGAGUAUGUGAAUACGCAGUCGAAUGACGGUUAUAUCUGCCAAAUUGGUCAAGUGUGUAUUCAGGACCUCCAGAACGAGCCUGCGUGGGGAUACGUCAGUUUCCAGAAUAUUUUUUACACGCUAUUGAAUGUGUUUACGGUGGUUUCAACCGAAGGAUGGACCGACAUGAUGUAUCAGAGCCAAGGCAGUAUCUCCAUGGCGGCGGCGACGGUCUAUUACUGCGCGUGUAUUUAUUUAAUGACUUUUAUCAUGAUCCCCAUGUUUAUCGCCGUCAUCACCACCUCCUUUGCCUUGGCGAGUGGUAAUAUGCGAGCUUUCUCGGUGGACAAGAAACCGCGACUAUUAAUAGUGAGCCACCUGCUCAAGGAUUAUGACGACCAAGAGAAUGAGGAAUGGAUCUUUGAAACUCAAGCGAGGACAGGGCAAAGAGUGGAUCAAGACAAAAUGCACUGCUGGCGAAGAUGGGCUUAUGUGCUUGUCAAGAAACCAUGGUUUCCCUACCUCGGCUCCAUUGUCGUGGCAGCCGAUAUUAUUGUCAUGUGCUUUUACAGCGCGUCUCUCGAUGUCGAAUCGGAACGAGUACUAGUGAAUCUGAAUCGGGCAUUUACGUUUCUUUUUGCCGUCGAGAUUUUCAUCCGGUUAGCGGGCGCCAAGACAUGGAAUUAUUUUUGGUCGUCUUACCGAAAUCGAGCGGAUUUUAUCAUUGCCAUCAUCACUUUAGUGAUUGAACUGGCGUUUGUGAAGCACGGUCAAGCCUAUCGAUACCUAACUUUAUUCAGCAUCCUUCGAUCGUAUCGUCUCAUUUUCCUAUUGCCACGUGUUUUGAGCCUUUUGUCCGAUGUUAUUGGUGACGGCCAAGGCGUACUUAACCUCACGUUAUUCACGUUUCUGGUGCUGUUCCUUUUCAGUCCUAUUGCUGUUCAACUGUUUGGUGGAGACUACGAUCCCAGCGAGGAUGAUGAGAUGCCAUUUAUGCGAUUCGACAAUUUCUAUCAAGCGUUCCUGGCUCUCUUCCAGAUUAUGACAGGAGAAAAUUGGACAGACAUUCUCUUUCGAUCCAUGCAUAGUCAAAGAAAUUCAUCGGCGGUUUACGCCGCUCUCUUUAUGAUAUUAAUCUACUUUGUCGUCCACUACAUUGUGCUGAAUCUAUUUAUUGCUGUCAUUAUGGAGAAUUUCAAUCUGGAUGAGGAUGAAAUCCGGCAAAUUCAAAUCAAGAAAUACAUUCGACAACACCGGUGGCAGCCAGAAUACUUUCAACUGGAUCGAAUUGCAAGGCAAGUCUACUUGUUACUUCCCUUGUUUAUGAAACAAGACGAGAAAAAACUUCAGUUGAAGAGUAUCCCAUCGCAUCUGACCGCCACAGUGACCCAUGCGACAUUCAAGGAUUUUAUGAACAAUAUGUACUCUUUCAGCGAUCAUACCCAGCCUUCUGCCUCGUCAAAAGAGCCGAUACCCAAUCGCGAUACGCCAAAAAAGCGUCGUUUUUUUUCUACAGGGUUUUCCACGGUCGGUCAGCUUGAGGGGAUGGCCAAUCUGAUCCGGCCCGAGGGGAAGAGCGAGGAGACUUUGGUGAAAUAUGGCGAUGAAUAUGAACGGAGUGUGGCGCAAGAAAACAAGGAUGUCGUGCUCGAGAACCUGCGACGGUUUCGCACCCUCGUAAUACUCAAGCCCAAUCACUGGCUUCGUCGAUACAGUGUGAUGAUUAUUAACAAUCACAUUUACCGGUGGCUGCUCCUUGGCAUGCUCUGUACGAGCGUCAUCCUCGGCUUGUUUUUCUCCCAGGGAGAAUGGCAUCAUGGACCAGCCGAUGCACGGCAGCGCAUUGAAUACAUGCAAAUUGUAUUUCUGGGUAUAUCGUUUCUGGACGUGGGAUUGCAUAUCGUGGCGAAUGGAUUGAUUGUGCUGCCAGAAUCUUACUUGCGCAGUCUGUGGAACAUCUUGGAUGUGGCGUUGCUAAUCAGCCAACUGAUCGUCCUAUGCAGUUUCCACGGAAUGCAACGGAGCAGUUGGCUCAGAAUUCUGAGGGUGUGGCGCAUUGUGCGCAUUGUUUACUUUAUCCGUGGCAUGCGCAUCAUUUUCCUCGACCUGAUGCAUGGACUUCCCAAAAUGAUCGACGCUCUCAUUCUGAACUUGCUGGUUUUUGUUCCCUUCGCCAUCUAUGGAUGUUUUAUUUUCCACAGUCGUUUCCGCUUUUGCAACGAUAUGAUGAUUCCAGGUGCCAAGAUGUGCUUGGGCGAAUAUGCGGCACAAGACGAAGAUAAUGUCGAUAUCCUUAUCCCUCGCGUUUGGCAAAACCCUUACCAAUACUCGUUUGACGACUUUAAAUCGUCGUUGUUGCACUUGUUUGAGUGCGCUACAGGAGAAGGAUGGAUUGUGUCUCUCUUCUCGGCCAUGAGUGUGGUUCCCGUCGCAGGCCAGCAACCUCGGUUUCAUUGGACCGGCAUCUCGAUAUGGCACUCGACGUAUUAUGUGCUUUUUAUGUUUGUCGCUUCACUGUGUUCCAUUCAAUUAUUUAUCGGUGUCCUUUUGGAAAUGUUCAAACAACGUAGUGGCAUUUCAUCUCUCACGGGGGCGCAACGCAAAUUUCGAGAUUUACAGCGUCAAUUGGCGUUGAUCAACCCGUCGCGCAAAGUGAACAAACCCACCAACCCCAUCCGGCUACUGUGCUACAAGCUAACGACGGGAAAAACCGGCAAGAGGUUCUCCCACUUUAUGACGGCCAUGUUGGUGGCGAAUAUAGGCAAGAGAAAUAAGGUCCACUUUAGAUAG